AAAGUUUAGAAAGACUGUUCUCGUCUGAUCUGGCAACAAGGUAGGAGGAGGCAGCGUGUUGCUACAGACACACAUACGAGUCGCUAUCUUUAGACAUUGGUCAGGCUCCGCAAAUGUUUUGCGAGACAACUAUUGGGAGUUAUAGGGGGGUUUGACGAAGUUGAAGGUUUUUGGAAAGAGAUGACAUCUUUAACAGUCGUAACUUUUCUUUUAAAGUAGAUUGUAUGGUUGUUGUUGUGCAAAACAAAAAACCGUAAGACUUAAGUCAGGUCUUUGUGGGGAAGUCAGAGGUUUUCAGAGACUAGCCAAGGUAACGUAAACUAGCAGUUUGUUGGCGCAGAACAACAACUAGUGGGACUCGAAAUAUUAGUUUCAAACCGACAUCAACAGAAGUUUUGGACUGGAAUUAUGGCUUCCCGAGCGGGGUUUCCAGGGGGUUCUGGUUCCCCGAUGAACCCCGGAGUGAACCCCUUGAACCCAGGACAUGCGGGCGGGAUGAGGAUGGCUGUUAUGCAGCCCAACUCGGGAUACCGUGGAAUGCCCAAUUCUAUUCCCCCUUACCACCAGUCAUCUCCACAGCGACAUAUGCCCCCCAACAGAGGAGUGCCCAUGCCAGGGAUGGGGGGCAUGGGGGGCCUGAUGCCAGGCCCGUCGUAUGGCGGUGGGAUGCCCAUGCGCUCGGGCAUGGGACCGUCUCCUAUGGAUCCCACACGCAAACGACUCCUCCAGCCACACUCAGCAGGGAUGGCCGGCCUCAGGAGAGGUGGAAAACGACGAAAGAUGGCAGACAAGGUGCUCCCACAGCGGAUCCGAGACUUGGUCCCUGAAUCCCAGGCUUACAUGGACCUGCUGGCCUUCGAGAGGAAGCUUGACCAGACCAUCGCUCGCAAGCGCAUGGAGAUCCAGGAGGCCAUCAAGAAGCCCAUCACGCAAAAGCGCAAACUGAGGAUCUACAUCUCAAACACCUACACACCUGCAAAGCCCGAGGGCGAGGAGGCCGAGAAAGUGGCAUCAUGGGAACUCCGAGUGGAAGGCAAACUAUUGGAAGACCCAGGAAAACAGAAGAGGAAGUUCUCCUCCUUCUUCAAAAGCCUGGUGAUCGAACUGGACAAGGAGCUAUACGGGCCAGACAACCAUCUGGUGGAGUGGCACAGGCUCCCCACCACCCAGGAGACGGACGGCUUCCAGGUGAAGCGGCCAGGUGACAUCAACGUCAAGUGCACCCUCCUGCUGAUGCUGGACCACCAGCCCCCCCAGUAUAAGCUGGACCCUCGUCUGGCGCGGUUGUUGGGGGUGCACACCCAGACACGCGCCAGCAUCAUGCAAGCCCUGUGGCUCUACAUCAAGAACAACAAGCUGCAGGACAGCCACGAGAAGGAGUACAUCAACUGCAACCGCUACUUCAGACAGAUCUUUACCUGCACUCGUAUGAAGUUCUCUGAGAUCCCCCUCAAGCUGGCCGGCCUUCUGCAGCACCCUGACCCCAUUGUCAUCAACCACAUGAUCAGUGUGGAUCCUAAUGACCAGAAGAAGACGGCGUGCUUUGACAUUGAUGUGGAGGUGGACGACCCCCUGAAGGGCCAGAUGACCAGCUUCCUGUCCUCCACCACCAACCAGCAGGAGAUCGCCACACUUGAGAUGAAGAUCCAUGAGACCAUUGAGUCCAUCAACCAGCUGAAGACCCAGAGGGACUUCAUGCUGAGCUUCAGCACCAACCCCCAGGACUUCAUCCAGGACUGGCUCAAGUCUCAGAGCAGGGACCUCAAGUUGAUGACUGACGUUGCGAGCAACCCGGAGGAGGAGAGGCGCACAGAGUUCUACCAGGCCCCCUGGGUCCCCGAGGCAGUCGGACGCUACGUCUACUCCAAGGUACAGCAGAGGAGACAGGAACUCGAGCAGGUUUUAGGAAUCAGGCUCACCUGAGCCACAUCUGGACGACAGCACACCCCAGCUUCCCCUCUUUUGCGCAUCACUUCCUCUAUAUGCGCAUCACUUCCUCUGUACUCUCUCCUACCUAGGAAGCAGGAGGCAGCUUACUCCUCAGCUGGAGCCAUCAUCUUUCAGUAUUCUUAAUCGAUUUGAUUUGCAGAGGACACCUACACUUUUCAUGUUGGUGUUGCGAGGUGACUGUUUGAAUGUGGGGUUUGAAACUCUUGUAUUAACAUCACCUGUGAAUUAUCACAUCAUUCCAUUACGGUGGAUCAAAGGUUUUCAUCUUAUCUGUCAUAUACUCAGCAAGUAUGAGACAUUGUGCUUUUUUUCCAGCAAGCAAGCUCUUCCAAAUAUUGCAUUGUGAAGCUUUUUUUUUUUGUGGUGUUUUUUCAUAUGCUAAAAUGUACCUUUGCUCAAAAAGGUGUUUUUAACAUUGUACCUUUCUUGAAAAGGUGGUUGCCAAUGCUAGUUCAGUUUUUUAUUUGGAGGGUAGUAGUUUUGAAAACAGAGCCUUGGAUUGGAUGACAGGACAUAUGCUCAGGUAAACGCACCCUUGAGCCAUUCUGUUCCUCUUCCCCUGGGGACUGGUCCAUUUCUCUUAGUUUGGUUUCAAAUUUGCCAUUAUUUUUGUUCUCUCCUGAUGUUUACAGACUGUUUUGUGUUUUUGUCCUGUUCUGUCAAAACAUGGCUGCCAUGGUUUGAAUUUGUUUGGGAGGCCAAAGGAGCCCUCACUGCUAAAAUAAGCCAUUGAACUAUUCUCUCACGGUAGUCAGAGUGAUUCUGUUGACCUGAUGUCUGUGUAAAAGGCUUCACUUUGAUAUCUUAUGACUUGGGUGAUCAGACUUUUAUCACACUGUGAUGUUUUUUAAAGCUGUUUUUACACAUUGAUCUGUGGGGGGUUUUUUAUUUUAGGAAAAGGUUUGGCUAAAAAAAACAAAAAGAAGAAAACCUUUCAGGUGUGUACUGCGCCAUCUCGGCUGAGCUCCUGAGUACUGCGUAGCUUUUAGUCUUUUCAGCUUAUAUGCAGCUCAAAACCCGGUGGUGUAGAUUCAUUUUUUUAAUUUUAUUUUUUUUAAAAAAGCUAAAUAAAUAUUCAGGAAUUGUAGAUUCCAUCCUUUUGGAUUUGUCGACCACUAUAUCUUUGUAUUAGCUUUUGAUUUCUGAGCGAAUAAAAUAUGUGGGUUGAAGGUUUUGUAAACUGUUAAGCACAUUUGUGUUGGUUUGUUUGCUUCCACGCAGAAGCUUUUAUCUUUUGUACCUUUAUACUUAAUGUCAUUUGGUAUAUUUUUUAAAUUAAAACUUGAAUAUAAAAUCA